UUAACAUCAGAAGCCUUCAAAUCAACGAGUAAAAAAAUAUUGGGUUCAUAAUUAAUUUGGCUUAGCAAAUUAAGCCCACACACCAUUGAAAAGUAACACAGUACUAAAGACAUCUAGUAGUUGAAAGGUAAUAAACAAAUACAAAGACCUAUAAAAUACAUAUGGGGUUUCGUUUCAUUAUUAGCUGAAAAUUAACAUUCAUCACAUAAAAGCUUUUCAAACAUGUAGAAUAAAUGGACAGUACAAAGGUUAAAAAUUGAGACGUGCUGGCAGUGGAAUAUUUCGUGUCAUUUCAAUCAUCAUGACGGUUUUUAGUUUAAAAAUUAUACAGUGGCCAUAGAAACAGUGCAGCGAAGAUAAAGGAACACUUGGGUGGUUAGUGGUACAUUUUGGUGCGUUUGUUUCAGACAAUAAACACAACCGUCAGUAUGUCGUUUCGGUUGGCAUUAAUUCAACUCGCGGUUGGUGCCUCUAAGCCUGAAAACUUAGCCCGUGCCUCGCGACUUAUCAAAGAAGCUGCGACAAAAGGCGCUAAUCUAGUUGCACUGCCAGAGUGCUUCAAUUCGCCUUACGGAACAUCAUACUUUCCGGAGUACGCCGAAUCCAUACCCGGGCCGUCCACGGAGAUGCUUCUUGCGGCUGCAAAAGAGAACAACGUAUUCCUUGUUGGUGGAUCAAUACCAGAGCGGGAUGGAGAUAAGAUUUAUAACACAUGCACCGUGUUUAAUCCAAAUGGGGACAUGAUUGCAAAACACCGAAAAAUGCACCUGUUUGAUAUCGACGUUCCUGGGAAAAUAAGAUUUCAAGAAUCGGAGACAUUGAGCCCAGGAAACAAUUUCACCAUGUUUGAAACGCCGAUGUGUAAAAUAGGAAUUGGAAUAUGCUACGAUAUUCGUUUUGCAGAAAUGGCUCAGAUAUACGCAAGAAAUGGGUGCAAACUCUUGAUCUACCCAGGUGCCUUCAAUAUGACGACCGGACCUGCUCAUUGGGAACUUCUGCAACGCGCACGCGCAUUGGAUAAUCAGUUGUUUGUAGCCACUGUUUCGCCCGCUCGCGACGAAUCGGCUUCCUACGUCGCUUGGGGCCAUAGUACUGUUGUUAGCCCAUGGGGUGACGUCAUCGCAUCGAAAGAGCACGAGGAAAGCAUUCUCUUGGUCGAUAUUGAUAUGGAACGAGUGGAUCAGGUGCGAAAUCAGAUACCCGUUUCUAAACAGCGGAGGACUGAUCUAUACGGUGUGCAAGAAUUAAAUAAAGGGACAUAAGUAUACGCUCCCUAUGAUGUAAAUAGAAGUAAAGUAAGCGGAAAUUUAAAGAUUCUUUCGAGCUAGUUUUUGGUUUUCGUUUCGGAUAUAGCAGUGGACUUGUUUGGUUUUUAUUCUUGCUUCUGCAUGAAAGGAUAAUUUGUUGUUCGUGUAUAUUGCUUGUAAAACUUGCAUUUAAUUGCUGUGCUGAUUGCUGAAAAAUGACUUUUCUAAAUAAAAAACCCUAACAUCUUAAUUUCCAAAUGCAGUGUUGCACUAAAAUAUCUUUUUGCCAUAAAUUAUUUUAUUACUUGUGAAUCAGUUAUCAUUUUAAGCUAAUGUCAAAUUCGGGUACCAUUUCAUCAUACACUUCUGUAAGAUGAAAUAUUGAAUUCGCCUCUGAAAAAAAUUGUAUAUGUGACCAAAGCUGGGAAAAUCAGUCUGGUGUUCAAAAAAUCACAUUUUGACUUUUUGGCAAUUUUAGAUUCUUUAAACAUUGUAGUUCACAUAAAUGAUAUAGAUAUUUUAUUUAUCACAUUCAAAUCUAAUUUUAUGACCCUUCAAAGUGACCAACCCUAAGUUUUAGUGUGACGAAAAGUUAUCAUUUAAUGCAAAAAAAACAACAACGAAAACAUUUUUCAAACAACAAGCAAACUGUUUUAUUAAAACAAUAAUCUUUCUUAAGUCAAAUACAUAAUUAUAAUGCAAAAAACUGACAACAGCAUUAUGGACAUUAAAAAUGUAGUAUUUGUGUUGCUAUCAUGGUAACCGAUCUACAUGGUAAUAAUCACCAGAGCGCACAAUCACGCUUUUUAUAAAUACAUGAAUUGUAUAAUCAAUCAAGUGUUUGUUUAAAGGUAAACACAAUAUUAAUUGCACUGUUUUUGCAACUAGUUAAACAAUAUCAAUCAAUAAUUUGUGUGUUCCAUGAACAAUUUCCUUUUUCAUUCAGUUACAUGUGAAUUCAAGUAUAAUGUAACCUCAACAGAAUGGAAAAAACAGCAUUGAAAUGUGUUGGUUGUAAGUACAAUUGGUUACUAAAUGUUUCAGUAAAUGUAAUAAUCAUUAUUAUCAUUAUUUCUGAUUUUGUAAAAUAGACAAAAUAAACAAUAAAUUAUU